AUGUCAGAGUCCGGAAAUGAACAAAGUCUUGCAAAUGAGCUUAAAUGCAGAAUUCUCGAAACGCAAGACAGGAGCAGAUUAAAAAAAUUAUUGACAAAAAGGCUCAAAGAUUGUGGAUGGAAAGAUAAAAUCAAAAAACUUUGUAUAGAUAUCAUAAGAGAAAAAGGAAUUGAUAAUAUCAAAUUAGAUCAACUUGAAAGCUCUAUAUUAAAUGAUGAAUCCGUUCCGGUCGAAAUAAAAGUAGAAAUUUUGCAACAAAUCUCAAGUUUGUUGGAUGUACAUAUAUCCCAACUUGAGAAAAAUAUAAAAUGA